AUGAUAAAUUGACCCAACAGCGAAACUUGAAUUUAAAGAGAGCACCAACACUGUGGAACGCGAAUUUCCCAAAUAUUGGGGACGCAUUUUUCAUUGUGAAACUUUUGAAAAGCAAGCUGGAUGAUUUCAAACGCAAAACAGUGUCGACCUUAUGAGGGGAAACAUAAUUAGUAGUCUAACACAAGCUCAAGACAUUCCGCGUCGAUCACUGUGUAACUAUCCAAACCCAAAAUCCCAAUGGGUUGACAGGUGCUGAUACUCUCCCCAAAUUACCCCUCCUCAUUCAACUACCUGGGCGGAGCGAGUCUCAAUCCUAACGGUCAAUCGUAGAAAUGUCACAGCCGACGUUGUUGCUAAUGCCAAGUUAGGGAUUCGUACCAGCCAGAUCGAUCCAUACAGGGAAACAGAAAAUUGGCCAGUUCAAAAUCGAUUGAACACGAAUAUCCACGCUAGCCUGGUCAUCAAGAUCACUUAGUGUAAUGGUUACCAAAAACAAGGUUCCUUCGCCUCAUCAAAGUCGAAUCGACUAUUUCCAAAGUCAUUGCGGAGGCAGAAUAUGCGCCAGGUAUUGGCAUACGGAUGCAGGUCCACCCUACGCAUUGGUCUUCAUCUGUCAUGGUGUCAGUGAGCAUUCGGGCGUUUACGAGGAGUUGGGACAAAAGUUUGCCGCCAAGCGCAUCCUCGCCUUCAGUCACGACCACAAAGGUCAUGGAAGGAGCCAUGGAAUCCGACUCAUGGCCGCUUCGAUCGACGACUACAUCCCCGAUAUCUUGGAUCAUAUCAAGAUACUUCGCAAGACUCACGAUUCGAUUCCGCUUUUCAUUGUGGCUCAUUCAAUGGGCGGGAUGAUUGCAAUCCGGAUGAUGAUCAAAUUUCCAGAUGUCUUCCAAGGGGUGGUCUUGGUUGGUCCUGCCAUUAUUCCUGGACCCCAGCUUGGACCAUUCGAUCUUCGACAGUCACUGAUAUGCUCCUUGCCAUUUAAAUUAGUAUUUGGCGUGUUGGACUGGAUCGACUCAGAGAUGCCCCUGGGUGCCUUUCACCCAGAUAUGAUAACCAGAGACAAGGAAGCGCAAGAAGAACUAAAACAUGAUGUACUGCGUUAUAACUUCGGGCCCAAGGUGCGCAUUCUCCGAACGCUAAUCCACGGAUUUUCAGACAAUCUGAGCCAGUUAAACCAAGUGAACACGCCUUUCUUGAUUCUUCACGGUGACUGCGACUUCUUGUGCAACGUCAGAGGGUCCCGGUUGUUGCUCAAAGAGUCUUGCUCUAAGGAUAAGGCCCUCAUUGAGUUCGAAGGUGCCACCCACAACCUUUAUAUCGAAACCCCCGAUGUUCGCCAACUCGCUUUCUCUCGCACUGUCGAUUGGGUCUUGCAGCGGGUGCCUUUCAAAUGGAACCAUCAUGGGCAACCUUUGCCGGAAUAAACGAGGUUGCGAGAGAUCAAGACCCUCAGUUGAGUGCAAAAUCAUUGUCCAGAAUAAAAGCUCGUUUCGACAUUGAGUUGUUAA